UACAGUGAAAGUGAAAGUAACUUGACUGGUAUUUCUCACAAGGACCAGUCGGGUUUUCUCGUCUCCUCUCCUCUCCUCUCCUCCCUCUCUCUGUCACUCUUUCCUCACGGUUCAGGGUGAUCGGACUUGUAUCACGCUCAGGUUGAUUGCGUGUAAACUCUCUGAAACAGCUGAUAAGAAGCUUGGAACACAGGAAGUCAUCAGUGCUGCUGCUUGCUGUGCGGAGAAAAGCCAGACUUGUUGACAAGAUGGUGUGUCCAGGACAGGAAGCCAGGCUGGUGCCGCGGCCCCGCGGAAGACUCCCCUCACUGUGCGCGGGUGUGCUAGCUGCCGUCGCCCUGCUGAGUGCCGCCCUCUUCCUGGGCCAUCACGCCUUGUACCAGCAGGGCGCCCAGGCCAUCCUGGUCCUCGCCAUGGUGGCCUUGCUGAAUGGGGUGUGUCACCUGGCCGAGGAGUGGCUCCAUCACUUGACUCCCAGGUACGGGGGCAGCCCAGCUCGGGCGCUGAGAGCCUGCUUCAGCGCAACCCCCCUGCUGGCAGUGGCCGUGGUGGCACUGGUGCUGGGGGCGGGGGGAGUUCAGCUGGGAGCGGACGGCUGGGGCACGGUGGCGGUGACCUGCGGCCUCUCUCUACUACUCAAGGCCUUCGGCGUACUGGGUCCCACUCCAGUGGAAAUUUCACGAAUCUGCGAAGAGCGGAAGAUGAACGUGGCUCACGGCCUGGCCUGGUCAUUCUACAUCGGCUACCUAAAGCUAGUGCUUCCAAAGCUGGAGGCCUUGAUUGACCAUUAUCGAACCCAGCGCAAGCUGAGUAUCAUGGGGCACAGAGACUCCUGGAGACUCCACAUACUGCUGCCGCUCAACGCAUUCAUCCCAGACAAGCUAGAGGACGCAGACAACCGCAUCUACUUCUGUGAGAACCUGCCGGAAAUCAUCAUGGACAGAGCGGGGGUCAGGAGGCGGAGCUACAAGCACAGCAUGUACUCCAUACUGGACCAGCUUGGGAAGCCCUACCACUGUCUGGUGGAGUACGCCACCCCUCUACAGACUCUGUAUCAGAUGUCCCAGGACAGCAGCGCGGGGCUGAGCGUGGAAGAACGGCGCCAAGAGGUCCUGAUCUUUUACCAGACCUUGCAGGACAUCCUGGAGAAGUCGGUGGAGUGCCGGAACCGGUACCGCCUGAUCUUACUGGAUGACGGAUGUGACCAAGAUCCUCACCUCCUGUCCAAGGAGAUUCUGAAGCAGCUGCAGCAGGAGGAGAGUGAGGAGUAUCCCAUAAUCCCGCUGAGAGAGGAGCCGGUCAGGCUCCAUGACGGGGUCCUGUCGAGGACUCCCACUCUGAUGAUCAGCAACGAUAUGCCCCGCUCUCUGAGAGAGCCUGUGGAGACCACAGACACCAGCCUAUUUCAGCGCUGACAGACACCUCCUCCAAGCACUGCUGCACUGAGACCAACACAGCACACCAGUUCCGUUUAUGUAAUACCUCAUACUGUGUAUGUGCGUGUGUGUGUGUGUGUGUCUAUUAAACACUAUG